AUGAUUCAUUCUAAGUUUGUAUCUUUUAAAAGAAGAAAAUCAAAAGAAAAAGCACUUAAUGGGGACAAAAAGAUAUUGAAUGAUAUAUUUAUGGAAAAUGAUUAUCUAAACUUUGAUGAUACCAAAAAUAUAAAAAAAAGACGCUAUAAAGAGUCUUUGGAAGAUUAUAGCAUUGAGGAAAAGUAUUUUGAAAAAUUAUUAAAAGAUGAAAAUGAAGAAGAAACCAAUAACAUUAAAAAAAGAAAGUUAGAAAACAAUAUUUUUAAGUCUAACAGCAAUGCUGAGAACAAUGCAUCAGAAAAACAUGAUUUAGAUCCUAAAGAUGAUUUUGAAAAAGCUUUAUGUACGAUAUUUGUUGGAAAUUUACCCAUUAGUGUAGUUUCAUCCAAGAGUGUUUAUAAAAAUUUUAAAACAAAAUUUCUUGAAUUUGGGAAAAUAAAGUCUAUUCGGUUUCGUUCAAUUGCAUUUUCUACAUUUUUACCUAAAAAAAUUGCAUAUAUUCAGAAAAAAUUUCAUACAAAACGAGAUUUACUAAAUGCGUAUAUAGUUUAUGAAACACAAGAAUCUUCAAAAAAUGCUCUUGCAUUAAAUGGUGUAGUAUUUUUGGAUAGGCAUUUAAGAGUUGAUAGUGUUGCUUACCCUGCUCCACAUGUUCCAAAAAGAUCUAUUUUUAUAGGGAAUUUAUCAUUCGAUGCUCAAGAAGAACAAUUAUGGUCUUAUUUUGCUCAUUGUGGUGAAAUAGAAUUUGUACGUAUUGUUCGAGAUAAUAAGACAAAUCUAGGAAAAGGAUUUGCAUAUGUUCAAUUUAAAGACAGGGAAUCUAUAGAUCAAGCUUUACUCUUACAUGACAAAGAAGGGUUAUGUGGUCGUAAAUUACGUGUUAUUAGAGCGAAAAAUAUUCCUAAAAACAGAUCAAGAUCAGAAUAUAAAGAGAAAAAUAAAAUUCUAAAUACUGAAAACCUUAAUAAAGACAUAUCUAAAAAAUAUAUUCAGCAUAAUAUACGUAAGAAACAUUUUGAUAAAAAUAAUUAUACAAAACUAGUAGAGAAAAACAUGGUUUUUGAAGGAAAACGUGCAUCGAAGUUAGAUAAUGUUAAAAUGCUAAAUAAAAAAAAAAGAAAGAAAUCACAAAUAAAAAAUAAAACUCAAUGGAAAAAAACAACAAAAAAUAUGAAAUGA